CUUCGAAGAUACCGCAACUAAAAUUGAACGUAAGAAGUGAGGAAUGCAAGCUAUAAAGUAGGAAAAUACUAAGGUAGAGGCACAAUUCUCGAUAUUUAUUCUGGGCAAGCAUCGCAGCUGUUUUGGAGUUUCCCUUCAGAGUCUUCAACCCUUGAGAAGAGAUGAGUUCCAGUAUGCCAGAAACCAUUAACCCUUGGAGCAGUAGGCAACCGCCCCCCUCCAGAGCCCAGGUGUGCAAUGAAGAUGGUCUCUCUCCUCAAGACGUGCUCAUGUCUCAGCAAGGCACAUUAGAGUUCGAUGCUGUAGGAACGGAGAGUAACCAUGGUGAUCAGCUCCGCAGCAAGGAUUCGGGAGAUGCAGUACAGAAGGAGAAAUCAGGAGGAUGUUCAGUGCAAUGCAGCUCCUGCUGCUUCACUCUCUGCAAACCCUGCCUGGUGGAACAUCAUCCUCUACCUGCACAGCCAACACACUGCCAGAGGUUCCGGUAUCUCCUCAUGUGCCCGCCGCAUGGAGCCUUUUCAAGAUGGCUGACAAUUCUUCUCCUUAUUCUGCUGACUUGGGUAGUACUGUGGGCUGUCACAGGUAGUGAAGCGUUGCCAGGGGGUAACCUCUUUGCUCUCUUCAUUUUGGUGGUAUCCUGCAAGGCAGGUGGAUUAGCCAUAGAGGUCAUCAAAUUACCAGCUUUGCUAGGAAUGCUUGUUGUUGGUUUCAUGCUUCGGAACAUACCAGUCAUCAACGUAGCAAAGGACAUCUCUCCCACAUGGUCCUCAUCCCUCCGAGACAUGGCUCUAGUCAUCAUACUCCUGCAGGCUGGUAUCAGCUUAGAUGCUAGCGCUCUCAAGAGGCUGAGUAUGGUUUGUGUUCGUUUGUGCUGCAUGCCUUGUAUAGCCGAGGCCUGUACAGCUGCUGUUGUGUCACACUUUCUGCUUGGAUUCCCAUGGCCCUGGGGUUUCAUGCUGGGAUUUGUUCUAGGAGCUGUUACUCCAGCCGUGAUUGUACCAUCUUUACUGAGUUUACAAGCCAGAGGUUAUGGGGUGAGACAAGGCAUACCAACCCUGGUCAUAGCAGCUGCUAGUUGUGAUGAUGUCCUCGCCAUCGGUGCUUUUGGAGUGAUCCUGGGAAUCGCAUUUGCAAAAGGUGAUAUAAUUUACAGUAUUUUCAGGGGUCCUCUGGAGCUAGUGAUGGGGGUAUCGUUUGGCUGUGCGGCAGGAUUCCUUCUCUGGUAUAUCCCUGACCCAACCCAGAUCUGGUUACCCAAGAAGCGUUUCAUCCUGCUGCUCUACGGGGGUAUCUUUGCUGUCUUUGGUAGCGGUGCUGCACAGUAUCCUGGCGCAGGGGCUCUAGGCUGUCUCACCAUGGCAUUCAUUGCUGGACACAGAUGGAAAGAGGGAAAGGAAGGUGUAAAUACUUUGCUGUCGUAUCUCUGGUUACUGUUUGAACCUCUUCUAUUUGGCUUGAUUGGAGCUGAAGUAUCCAUUUCAUACCUGGACCCAGCUACAGUAGGUUUAGGCUUUGCCACACUCAUCAUAGGUCUGUGUGUUAGGAUGGUUGUCUCUGCAUUGGCUGUCACUGGGGCCGGUCUGACAUGGAAAGAAAAGCUGUUUAUCUCCCUCGCAUGGUUACCAAAGGCAACUGUUCAGGCUGCAAUUGGAUCCGUAGCUCUAGAUACAGCGAGAGACAGAGGAAGUGAAGAAGAGUUAGAGAUAUAUGGAAUACAGCUUUUGACGGUAGCAGUCCUAUCCAUCCUGUUCACUGCACCCCUAGGAGCUAUCGUAAUAUCGCUGACCGGUACUCGCCUUCUGAGAUGUGCCCCUCCACCAAACCAGACGAGUUCUCACAGAGACGUACCGGAAGUAGCAGAAACUCAGCCAAGAUAUGAACCAACGAGAGGGGGCAGCUGUAGAGAGGGGCCUCGUGAAAACAAUAUCUUAUUGGAACAAGCAAGAGUUGCAGAGAAUUCAGUUUGAGUGUCAUGGAGCGAUUGUCAUCUCACUGACUGGUCCUCGCCUUCUGAGAUGUGCCCCUCCACCAAACCAGACUAGUUCUCACAGAGACGUACCAGCAGUAGCAGAAACUCAGCCAAGAUAUGAACCAACGAGAGGGGGCAGCUGUAGAGAGGGGCCUAGUGAAAACAAUAUCUUAUUGGAACAAGCAAGAGUUGCAGAGAAUUCAGUUCGAGUGUCAUGGAGCCAUCGUCAUAUCACUGAUGGGUCCUUACUUGAUAAGAUGUGCCCCUCCAAACCAGACGAGUUCUCACAGAGACGUACCAGAAGUAUUGGAAACUCAGCCAAGAUAUGAAGCGACUAGAAGGGGCAGCUGUAGAGAGGAGUCUAGUCAAAACAACAUCUUUUUUUUAACAAGGCAGAGAGGAAGAGAAUGCAAGUAUGAACGGCUGCGGAGAGGCAUCAAGUAACAACAAUAAAAGCAUGUAAUAUUACACUUACAUGUGUCAGUACUGUCAUGUUUGUAUUCCAAUCAGAAGAGCCCAAAAUCAGAGGACAGAAUGCUGUAUUGCAGCCAGAAGGAAUUGUGGAAUAUUGAUCAAGAGCCUUUCAGCAUGAGCCAGUGGCAUGUCUUUCACUGUACCUUGACUUUUAAAGUGGUGGCUCAGAGGUUAGAGCGCCCGCCUUAUGCACAGGAGGUCGUGGGUUCAAACUCCGGCCGAGUCAUACC